AUGCAGAGCGUAGAUAACAAUGAUAAGAAGGCCUCUGCUGAGGCAUUGGUCUCGAAAUUCGAGGUUGAAGGACUACUGAAUCAAGACCAGAAUGGCCGUCGAAUCGCUCUUCUCGGUUCCAUUGAUGGAAAGCAAGGCAUCCUUAUCGCAGAGCGAGCAGCCUUCGCAACAGAAUCUCUCCAAGUCCUCAAGGCAUUUCACUCCUCGAUCAGUCGAAUCAGCAAUCUAGGCGAUAAUGACAUCUACCGCUGGUACCUCGCAUCCUCAGCAGCAGGCGCAGAUGGUCAACCGCCCGACUUGAAGAUCAACAUCAUCUGGCCCUGCACGGAACAGCAUAUCAAGAAAUACUCGGCGCAGAAGGUGCGGAUGGUAACCGAAACGCCUGAAAUCUAUCGCGGAUAUGUCAGGCCAUAUAUGAAAGCGAAGCGUGAAGAAGGGAGACUGAACUGGGUGUUCAAUAUUCUCGAGGGCCGCACAGAACAGGAGGACGUGAUACUCAAGGACUCAGGACAUGGGCCGGAUGAUGGGUUCUUAAUGUUGCCUGAUCUUAACUGGGAUCGGAAAACUAUAGGUUCUCUUCACUUGUUGGCGCUUGUGGAACGAAGGGAUAUCUGGAGCUUGCGGGAUUUGAGCAAACGACAUAUUCCUUGGCUGAGGUAUUUGAGACAGCGCUUGCUUGAGGCGACGGUCAAAAUGUACCCUGAAUUGGAGCAGGAUCAGAUUAAACUCUAUGUGCAUUAUCAACCGACUUACUACCACUUUCACAUCCAUGUUGUCAAUGUCAUGCUAGAAGCAGGCACAACUCAAGCUACUGGAAAGGCGUUUGGAUUAGAGAACAUCAUCUCGCAACUGGAAACGCUUCCUGGAGACGAAAACGCUAGUAUGGCCGAUGUCAGCUUAACCUACUUCCUUGGCGAAGCGAGUGAGCUGUGGGCGACUAUAUUUGCACAGUUGAAAGAGGAGAAGAAGCCGAUAUCAGGUGGAACAGCAUAUGUUUAA